AUUGGAACUUAUCAUGAUGUUUGCAAAAAAAAACUUAUCAUGAUAGAAGUGAGUUAGUGCUUCAUGCAGUCAAACGAGAUAGACACGAAUUAAAUGCUUGAAGGCGCCGCCCAUGGCCCGCGGGAUCAAGCUUGGGGCUCAAUAUAAGUUGGGUGCAAAAGGGAGAGUGGCCAGCCAAGUUAAGAUAACAAAAUCGUUUCAGUUUCGUACUGCUACUAGCGUUGCAGGGUUCCUGAUGGAGAGAAAGCUACUCAAAUGCCAAGCCCUGUUGAUCGGAUUGCUAUGCGCUCUUGAUAUCACCAGGGUUUCAGCUGAUGUCGGCACAGCUACAUCAUAUGGCCCUCCAUAUCUACCAACAAAAUGCUCAGGCUACAACCAGGAUCAACUGCCAGGGAAUGGUCUCUUUGUUGCAGCAGGGAAUGGGGUAUGGGACAAUGGUGCAGCAUGCGGUAGAAAGUACCGGCUCCGAUGCCUAAGCGGGCUCAGGCGGCCAUGCAAAGAUGGCACCAUAGUCGUGGAAGUUGUGGAUCUCUGCAGGAACAGGCCAUGUUCCUCAACCCUGGUCUUAUCCAACGAAGCCUUCGACGCUGUGUCCAAGAUUCCAAAUACAAAGAUCAACGUAGAAUACACACAGAUAUGAUACGAUGGAAAAGCAAUUCACUUGCUGACCAAACAAAUAGAUGCGGAAGAAAGCAGAGUUACCGAGAGACAUAUUAAGACUGUAUCAAGGGACCAGGCCUUAUACUAUAUGAAUAUAAACCAUUUAAGUGAAUUAAUUCCAGAAUUUAUGCUGAAUGCCUCUCUCU